CCAAUUCCCCACAAUGUGUCUUUCUCCUAGUCCUUGACAGAAACCAAAAAAAUCAAAAAAACAUUGUGAUUGAUGAGCAAGAACACUGAUUCCUCUCUCAAAUUCAUCAGUGAUUCUCAUCCGGGUUGAAAAAGGCUUGAACUUGGUACUUGGCAGAAAACACAAUAGAGAUGGAAACGGCUGACCCGAGGAGGGAAAAUUUUAUGAAUGUAGAGCAAGCCAUCCAAAUAGAACUGGCAUACAGAAGGAAGAUUGCCAUUCUGAAUAUGGAAACAAACAAUGACAGUGGACAGGAACUAAUCUCACUGCAGAUAAGACCUUGUGUCAAUUUCCAUCAUAUGCUGCGUAUUAGCACAAAAAAGAUGGCCAAUUGAAUUAUUAACUUUGUAAGUUUUUGAUACACUUUUGAAGCUACCUUUGUGAGAUAUACAAGUGGAAAUGGCGAUAGAUGGAUAAAGAGAGUUGUACCCAUACCAAAUUAAGUUGAGUCAAAUAAGAAGCCAGGAGUUUUCAUUCUAGCUAAUUGUUUAGGACAAAAAUCAUGCAAAACUUUGUGCAAGCAGUUGAAAAUAAGGGAGAGAACACAUGAAUUUGGGCUUUUAAUUGGGAUGAUUGUCUUUAUUUGUAGAAAUCUAUAUGCAAUAUCAUGUUCAUGUGAUGAGUAUCCACUUAGGUUUACAUUCCUAAAGUAAAAUCUGCUACACUUCAAAAACCAUGAUCAUCAUUUCCUCUACAUACACCAGAUGGAUGAUAUAUGAAAAGAGCUUAAUUGGAACAUAAAGAAAUUCAAGACAACUUUCUAAUUUUGAAUUAAAUAACCUUACUAAAUCUUAGGGACUUUCGUACACAAUUAUAACUGGUUCUUUGCUAGUUACAUCAACAAAUUUGCUGGAGCAGUGUUGUAGUAAUUUUCUACUGCCAAAUUACCAGAAAACAAUUUGCUUCAUUCGUUAGGCUUGUCUCUCUUCUAAGUAUUUAACUGGUUUUUAAGUAUAUCUCCAUCCAUUUCUAUUUAUGUACCAGUAUGCUAUAAACUAUUUAUGUACCA